AUGAGUUUUCUGCUGGUUUUCUCCUGUCUGGUUCUGUCCGUGUUCUCCACCAUCAAAGAAUACGAGAAGAGCUCCGAAGACGCCCUCUACAUCCUGGAAAUUGUAACCAUUGUGGUUUUCGGAGUAGAAUACAUCGUAAGGAUCUGGUCUGCAGGAUGUUGCUGUCGAUACAGAGGAUGGAGGGGAAGGUUAAAAUUCGCCCGGAAACCUUUCUGUGUUAUCGACAUCAUGGUGCUGAUCGCCUCGAUCUCGGUUUUGGCCGCUGGAACGCAGGGGAACGUGUUCGCCACCUCGGCCAUCAGGAGUCUCCGCUUCCUCCAGAUUCUCCGGAUGAUCCGCAUGGACCGACGCGGGGGAACCUGGAAACUCUUGGGAUCUGUGGUUUACGCUCACAGCAAGGAACUGAUCACGGCGUGGUACAUUGGCUUCCUGUGUCUGAUCCUGGCCUCGUUCCUGGUGUAUCUCGCUGAGAAGGAAGAUAACGAGAUGUUCGAGACCUACGCCGAUGCGCUCUGGUGGGGUCUGAUCACUCUGACCACCAUCGGCUACGGCGAUAAAUAUCCCAUAACCUGGAACGGACGUCUCCUGGCCGCGACCUUCACCCUGAUCGGCGUGUCGUUCUUCGCUCUGCCUGCGGGGAUUCUGGGUUCUGGGUUUGCCUUGAAAGUUCAGGAACAGCAUCGGCAGAAACAUUUCGAGAAGCGCAGGAAUCCAGCUGCCGGCUUAAUUCAGGCUGCCUGGAGGUUUUACGCCACAAACCUGAAUCGCACGGAUCUCUUUUCGACAUGGGACUAUUACGAAAGGACCGUUUCUGUGCCCAUGUACAGACUCAUCCCUCCUCUGAAUCAGCUCGAUCUGCUGAGAAACCUCAAGAGCAAAUCCGGCCUCUCCUUUAGAAAGGACGCCCAACCAGAACCCUCUCCGAGUCAGAAAGUGAGUCUGAAAGAGCGCGUGUUCUCCAGCCCGAGAAACUCCGCGAACAAAGGGAAGAACUCUCCUCAGGGCCAGCAGCCCCUGCGAUGCUCUCCUGACAACAGCAUUGAGAACAGUCCCUCCAAAGUACCCAAGAGCCUCAGCUUUGGCGACCGCAGUCGGGCCAGACAGGCCUUCCGCUUCAAAGGAGCAGCGUCCCGCCAGAACUCAGAAGUGUUCAUUGAGAUGCAAGAGGAAGAUUUGAGACACAGGAACUCUCCAGAAGCCAGCCUUCCUGGAGAAGACAUUGUUGAUGACAAUAAGAGCUGCCAUUGUGAGUUUGUCCCUCAGGAUUUAACGCCGGGACUAAAAGUUACCAUCAGGGCCGUGUGCAUCAUGAGGUUCAUGGUGUCCAAGCGAAAGUUUAAAGAGAGUCUGCGUCCGUAUGAUGUGAUGGAUGUUAUCGAGCAGUAUUCGGCCGGUCAUCUGGACAUGUUGGCACGCAUUAAAAAUCUGCAGUCCAGGUUAGAUAUGAUAUUGGGUCCUCCGUGUCCCAGCACCCCUCGCCCAAAGAAGUGUUCAACCAAAGGAACCAAAGAGUCGCCCCAGUUGUCUUCUAGAGUGGAUCAGAUUGUUGGCCGAGGUCCUUCAAUCACAGACAAGGACCGACCGAAAGGAUCCGCGGAUGCAGAACUGACAGAAGAUCCCAGUAUGAUGGGACGGCUUGGGAAAGUGGAGAAACAGGUAAUGUCAAUGGAGAGGAAGCUGGAUUUCCUGAUACUGAUUCUCUUACAAGCAUUCUCUUCUGAAGACGUGAGUCACAGCUAUACACUCUACAAACUGAAGAUCUGGGCUCACUGCAUGUCCUACUCCAAUUCCUCCAUAAACCCCGUCAUCUACGCCUUCAUGGGAGCCAACUUCAGAAAGGCCUUCAGAA